UACGCAUGCGCACAUAAAGCCAUAAACGCAAGAAAAACAAUCAAAACCAAGUUACAUUUGAGAAUCGUAUUUGAAAGAUUAAUAGCCUUUGAAUUUCUGAAAUGGCAGGAAACUUCUGGCAAAGUUCUCAUUACCAACAGUGGCUGUUGGACAAGCAGGACUUGAUGAGGGAGAGACAGCAGGAUCUCAAAGUAGUCACUGAAGAAGAGUACCAGAAAAUACUUAUAUUCUUCUCUAACUUCAUGCAAGCACUUGGAGAACAGUUGAAACUGAGACAGCAGGUUAUUGCAACAGCUACAAUCUAUUUCAAAAGAUUCUAUGCCAGGAACUCCUUGAAGUCUAUUGAUCCCUGGCUGAUGGCCCCGACCUGUGUCUUCCUGGCUGCCAAAGUAGAGGAAUCUGGCGUCAUAUCUAACAGCAGGCUGAUUAGUACAUGUCAGAAUAUUGUGAAGAGUAAGUUCUCCUAUGCCUACAACCAGGAGUACCCCUACAGGAUACAGAACGUCCUGGAGUGUGAGUUCUACCUGCUGGAGAUGAUGGAUUGCUGUCUGAUCUUGUACCACGCCUAUCGCCCCCUCACACAGUACUGUGGGGACUUGGGAUCCGAGAGUGACCUCCUGCCCCUUGCAUGGAGAAUUGUCAACGACAGUCUUCGUACAGAUGUCCCCCUGAUAUUCCCGCCAUACAUCAUCGCAUUAGCUUGUUUGCACAUGGCAUGCGUCAUCAAGCAGAAGGAUAUAAAACAGUGGUUUGCUGAGCUCUCUGUGGACAUGGACAAGAUUCUGGAGGUGACUCGUCAGAUUCUAGCGUUAUAUGAAAUGUGGAAGAAGUAUGAUGAAAAGAAGGAAAUUCCAGCAGUACUGGCCAAAAUGCCAAAGCCAAAGUUAAACCCUUCAAGUAGCAGCUGACUGGUCGUAUUUUCACUUGGCAGACCUCCCUCUGAGGCCUCGGGGGCACAGGAAGGGGCGGGGUCACAGGCAUCGCAGGCAGGGCAGAGCACACAGCAGCAGCACCAACAGGUUCAGUGAUGGAGACAGAACAAGAGUCCGAUUGAAAUCAUUCCAUGCGGCUGUUAGAACAAAGGCAGCUGCUAGAUGGAUAGACUUGAGCCUGUGCAAGAGGAACUGUGGUGGACAAGUUAGAGGCGGAAUGGCUACCAAGCCUGUGCUUGUGGAAUUCUGGUUGACGGGGCUUAAUUGACUAUGAUCAUGCGAGUGUGCAAGGAAACUGGUGGACAGGUUGAAGACAGACAGUGUAUUUGCCUUGAGUGACGACUUUCACUUCGAGGGAGGUAUCAGAGGGAAGACCAUGUGAUGACAAAGAAUGGUUAAUCAGGAAUUCCUCCGAUCCUGUGGCGGACAUUAUUCAACAGUUGUAUGAAAAGAUAGGGCUUUUCAGUGCACACGUGUCCUGAAGGUGUUCAAGAGGACAGUAUGUCAUGUUACAAUGUUACACAUAUGUUGUCAUGGUACAGGCACAUUGUCAUUUGGUAGUGGAGAAAUCUUCAUCGCCAGUCAUACUGACCGGAGACAAAAGGAUCUGAUUGUUAUCAACCAUUGACAAUUAUGUAAAGUUAAAAUAUGGAUAAAAUAUAACAGUUUAAAUGAUCAUGUCAAUAAAUGAAAACAUGUCUUGUGUGAUUUGUACAUAUGCAUUUUCAAUACAAAUGAUUGUUGAUCUGUUGUGCAAAAAAAGCACACGCAACUGAACCUGAA